AAGCCUUGACGCUGCUGCUGCUGCUGGUUGAGCGCAGGCUAGCCAAGAUGGCGGAAUACUUGGCGUCCAUUUUUGGGACAGAGAAAGAUAAGGUCAACUGCUCUUUUUAUUUUAAAAUUGGUGCCUGCCGACAUGGCGACCGCUGCUCCAGAUUACACAAUAAACCAACAUUCAGCCAGACAAUUGCCCUCCUGAACAUUUACAGGAACCCUCAGAACAGUGCCCAGUCUGCUGAUGGCCUCACCUGUGCCAUCAGUGACAUGGAGAUGCAGGAGCACUAUGAUGAGUUUUUUGAGGAGGUCUUCACAGAGAUGGAGGAAAAGUAUGGAGAGGUGGAGGAGAUGAACGUGUGUGACAACCUCGGUGACCACCUAGUUGGAAAUGUGUAUGUCAAGUUCCGUUAUGAAGAAGAUGCGGAGAAGGCUGUGAUAGACCUGAAUAAUCGGUGGUUUAAUGGACAGCCCAUCCAUGCUGAGCUGUCUCCCGUAACAGACUUCAGAGAAGCCUGUUGUCGCCAAUACGAGAUGGGGUGAGUGCUAUGUGAUUGCAUGUAUCCUAUUU